GUUAACUUGGGAAAGCUGUUACCUUAACUUCAUUUUACUUUUGGGCUGUUCGAACGUCGAUGUGCUGGGUUUGUGGUUAUUAGCCAUCGAGGCUAAUCCCUUAGCUACGUGUAUCAAAGGUUCUAACGGCUGCAUCCGCUAGCAUGCUAGUUAGCUCUGCGGCUAGUAAAGUUUGUCGACUGGCGUCGAAAGUGAGCUCAUGACGGACAUGUCUGCGGGCGAAGGGUGCAGUAAACUGCUUGUCAACGCGUGUCUGUGCUUAUUGAACCGACUGCAGCGACGACCGGUCCGCCUUUACAUUAUUUGGUCCUAAACGCGAAUAGACGGAGGGAUGCAGAGGCCUGAAGGAGGAAUAGUAAGAGAAAUAAGCAUUAUACAGUUACAGGUGAUCAUGAUGUUCAGGAAUAAGAGAAAGUAAGGCAGAAGCCACACUUACGGUAAUCAUCUCAUGAAUGCAUAUUUACACUUCCUUUUGGUAACUGUAUCAGACAAACCAGAGAGCUAUUAGCUGAUGAGCCAAACAUUGAAACUGUGGCAUUAAUGUCCUUAUAUUCCAAAGGCUUAAGCGUUUCUAAGCAGACGUUUACCUGCUAUGCUGUAACUGGCACCAACCAUAGAGUUGUUUCUGAAGGGACAAAACCUCCAGCAGAACUACAACAACAGGCAGGUUUUUGUGCUUCUAUAUCUGAAUCCUUACAGGUUAAUAAAGGCGUCUCAUCAAGGAUCUUUGCAGUAAAGGGCAGAUGGGAUAUCCGCCUGCACAUCUGAUGUAAGGUUCUGCCUGUUUACGUUCUGUAAACUGGACUAUAAAACCGAGGAGUCACUGUAGACAUCAGUAAUGUGAAGCUGAAGACUCAGAAGAGCUUUCACUCAACCAAGGACGACGCCCACUGACACCAGAGAGCUCAGAGUUUGGAGGACCAUCAUGCAUCUGAAGUCGUGUUCGAAGCUCACGCACUCAGAGGUGCGUUUGAAUACAGCCAGUGUUACGACGUCGUCCCAGCAGAGUCUGGUUGUUGACCAACAGGGGACAUUGCGGAGGACUUGUAGCAGUAACCAUGAAAAUUUCAGCAGCGGCCGAGUCCCGCUCAGCACCAUUUCUACAAACGGCAACAACGGGACACUGGCAAGCCCAACUCUGCAGCCCAUCUCCUCAGUGCUGGGCAGUGAGAAUGACCCAUUCAGACUCUACCAAUCGACCACAGACGAUGCAAACACUCCACUGGACAUUUGGACCGUUAUCAAGCCUGGACAUGUCCGGGAGAAGAUUGCUAUCUUUGCUUCAGAAGGACACGCAGAUGGUGCCGCUGAGAAUGUACAAAUGUCACCCAGGGCAUGGGACAGAAGUACAACCAUGUGUAUAACCUUCACCGACUCAUCAGGUUUGCCGCGGGCCACCAAGGCAAAAGGAAGCUGGGAGGAAAACUGUAGCGCCAAGCGCCGCCGAAGGUCUGGCAAUAACCAGAACCAAAGCUGCCAGCAGGACCAGAGAACUCGCGCCCUGGACACACGGCAACCUUCUGCCCAGCUGCAUUCCUACCGGUCAGACAUGACUUGGCAGUCAGGUAUCGAGCGCUGUGGCACUGAGGUGGUUACAGCUGACGAAGAACUCGAGCACAAGGUGUCUGUGGUGGAGAUGGUGGCUUUCCUGGAGCAGCGAGAGAGUGAGCAGCAGCCAGACUGCAAACCUCUGCUGGCUCUUCAAAGGACCUCCACCACCAUCACACUUUCCAAACCCCUUCCCCCUGAUGCUAGAGGGGAGGAGCUGGAGAGCAUCAGGGUGUCAGAGAUGGUUGCCAAGCUGGAGUCAGAAUGUCGGAGGAGGAAGGCAGAGGGAGACCUGUCAAGAAGCAACAGCUUGAAGAGGGCGGUGGGACAAGUCACUAGUGGUCAUAGCUCUGCCCACUCCCAGCUGCUGUCAUCAAUGACGUCAUCAUUUUCAUCAUCACUGUCGGGAGACUUCAGCUGCUCAGAAUCCGUUCACAUAGGCACAGCUGCCUCAGCUGUGGCCACGCCCUCCUCUCCCUGCCCAGGUGAGUUGGUGGGUGAGCCUCAGAAGGCUGAAUGUCAAAUAUCAAAGACCGAUUCCCCAGCUCUUCCACCUGAGGAGGCAGAGCCUCUGCCCGGCCUCUUGUUUCUGUCUCCUCAUGAACCCCACCCCUACACUAGUGUUCAUUUAGUCCCUAACCCGGGCAGCCAGUCAGGGAAGUGGAGGAGACAUGCUGGGCCUGAAGGUCAGCAUGUGUCCACAUCACAGGACUUCCUAAAGCUCCGCCGGCGAUUGCAGCAGCUCCUGGCGCCGCAGCCUUACCUGGCCGUGCUGCCGCAUCACCUGUUGGUGAAGAUCUUUCUGCUGCUGCCCACACAGAGCCUCGUCGCGCUCAAGUGCACCUGCCACUACUUUAAGUUUGUCAUUGAAAACUAUGGCGUCCGGCCCUCUGACUCACUGUGGGUAUCUGACCCCCGUUACCGCGACGACCCCUGCAAGCAGUGCAAGAAGCGGUACGAUCGUGGUGACGUGUCGCUGUGCCGCUGGCACCACAAGCCGUUCUGCCAGGCCCUGCCCUAUGGGCCCGGGUACUGGAUGUGUUGCCACGGUCCCUACAAGGACACUCCUGGCUGCAACGUGGGUCUCCAUGACAACCGUUGGGUGCCGCCAUUCCACAGCAUUAACAUGCCGAUCUACCGGAGGAGCCACUGUUGUGAAGGCGACUGAGUGAACGAGUGUGUAAACAGGGUUUUUCUUAAAAUGCUUGAGAGCUGCAACAACUAAUUUUAAGUGUAAAUUGUUUAGUUUUUUUAUGUAUAUGGUGAAAACGUUUUAUUCAGUUAUUCAACGGCCCAGAGGAUUUUCAGAAAUUCAAAAAUGUAACUGCAUUAGUAAAAUGGCUACAUAAAACGAGUUAGUGUCCUGAAAAUAAAAAUCCUGGCAUUGUUCAUUCAUCCAUCAACUAUUUCAAAAGCAUCAGACUUUUUCCUGUUUUUAUGGCUGUUGCAAAUAUGAAUCAAUUUAAAAUAGCUUUUUAAAAAGAAGUGUUUAAAUUUUGCAUAAAAUCUAAGUUCAGGCUCAGCUUGUUUGCGGUGCCUGCUGUUCACCUGCCGAGGAUGAGUCCCAUAUAAACAGAUUCUUCCUAGGGACCGAUGUGCUUCUUCUUCCAACCAUUUUUAUAAUCAUCUUCAUCGGCAGGAGUCCAGUCCCAUUUAAAGAAAUCAAACCUCAUGUCCUAUUCAUGAAGACAGAGGAAAAUGAAGUAAAAAAACCUCCACCUUUAAAAAAGAAAAUGAAUUUAUGUCUUUAAAUCGAUUUUAACAUUAUUCAUUGUGAGAGACUUGUUUCCUAGAUUACAUCAAACCAAGUGGUCAGUUCUGAGCCACUGACCUUUGCAGGGGUCAAAUCAGGUGAUUAUUACGGAGCAGAGACGGUUCUUAUAGAGUUGAACAGCGUGUGUGUGCACGUGUGUGUUCAGAGGGCACCACCUUUGGGGUUAAAACCUAAAGUGAAGUUUAUCUGCACCUUGUUUGUUUACAUUUGUACAUAAAUAAUGGUUGUGUGGAAACAACGGUUUUCAAACUGUUAUUUUUAGCAGUGAUCAUCUUUAAGUUUUAUUUAUUAUUUUCAUGAAGGGAAAGUGCAAAUGUGGCCUUGAGUGUUUGAGGUGAUGCAAUAAAACAAAUAAAACUACAGAUUAAAAAAAGUCAUCAGGAGAAAGUGUAAUGGCCUUUGACCUUCAGAGAUUUGUGUCUUUUGUGUUUUUGUAUCUUGUAUGUUUCUCUUGUGUUCAACUGUUCAUGCUUUAAUAAAGUGCUCUCUGAUUGGUUCUUGUUUUGGA